AUGGUGCUCCGCAAAAAGGAAGUCUACACGGUGAUAACGCCAAUCCCCGGAUUCAUUCCCCGCCAACUGGCCAUAGAUAUCCUCCACAGCCAUGGUGAGGUCAUCACCCUGAACCCGCUCGUGCUCAGUCACAAGCCCAUCUCGGCACCGCGCAACGCCCCCAGCGACGAAUUUUACUCGACCUGGUACGAAAUCACCGAGCGCCUGCAGUUCAUUCCCGGCAUUGGCAAAUUGGGCUCUGGCGUCAUCAAUUUCAAUGGCUGCUUUCACGACUUGCCGUGGGGCCUACAAACCCACAUUUACGCUCCGGCUGGCGUCGACCUCCGGAACAAGUAUCGCAUCGGUGGGAACCAGCCGGGCGUCGAGCCACCGGAGCAGCAGGAGAUGGGACUCGGCGCCCCCAAGGACGGACUCUAUCUACGCGAAGAUAUUGAAAUUCGCUGCAAUUUUGCCAUGGUGAGCUUUGUCAAGGCGCAGCUCAAGGCUGCCAGCAAAGAAAUGGUGGAUCGCAUUGUCAAAAAGGCCGAAUUGCUCGAGGCCGGUGUCCUGACUGCCAUGAUCGAGAAUGGCAAGAUCAAGACGUCAAAUCCAAAUGACCGAUCGCAGUACACUGGCGGCUUGGCGGCUCAGUCGCCACCAGACUCCCCAGCAAGCAUGUACCACACGCAUACGGGACAGUCUUCCAUGCCGCCAAUGUCGCCUUCUAUCCCGUAUCAGAUUCCACGGCCCGUCUCGUACCAGGUGCCGCCGAGCUUACAACAACAUCAACAAUUCAAUAGACCCAACUCGUCCAUGUCGCAUCAAUCAGGUAGUUACCAGUAUAGCAAGCCAGUAGAACACCCCCAGGUUGCCGAGCUGCCUGUUGAGGCACCGCAGAAAAACGAUAUUGUGAUGGAGCUACCGGGAGACAUGUAUCAUCCGCAGGCAUCGCCAAGCUUGCAUCCGCCACAACUGUCUCCAGGCAUUUCCGACACUUCAGGCAAGACGUCACCAAAUCCGAACAACUGGAGGUGGUCACAAAGUCAACACAGCCCGGGUUUGCAAAGCUCAAGGCCGACAUCCUACAGCUCCGAACCGGGAAAUGCACCGCACGGGUCGCCAGGGCUCGAUCACAAGGGGUUCGCAUUUGAGCUCGCUACCCAUGCCGAGACCCGAGAGGAGCAUCACUCUGGGCCAAAGACACAGCAGCACAACAUUCCGCCGUACAAUCCUGCAGACUAUGCGCGGCUCAGUCGUUGA